AUGAUCCUCGGCCCCGUCACUCUCCUAGACUGCCUCGUCUUCCUCGUCUUCCUGGCACCCCAGCUCCUCCUCCAAGUAGGCCUCUUCCAAACCGUCCACGUCGCCGCCAAGGCGCUCCCCUUCCUCAUCUUCCAGCUCCCCGUGCAGCUGAUCCAGGAGCGCUACUACACACCCACGCCCCUGAAGCCGGGGUUCGUGCAGACGGCCACGCUCUUCGAGGACCUCGUGGUGCGGUGCGUCCGCUACGCCUUCCAGUCCAUCCCCUCCAGCGUCAGCCGCGUCUUCUUCGACAAAUGGGUCGCCCUGCCCUUCCUGCGCUGGCGUAUGCUGAGGCACGGGUACGUCAGGAGCCCGGUGUACUGGAAGGAGGAGCGGUAUGGACAUGGGAACGAGAGCUUCAGCGGCCUGUGGAUCAAGCAUAGGCCAGAGCACCCUCCUGAUUUCGUCCUCUACUACAUUCAUGGGGGUGGGUUUUCCCUGGGAUCGGCUGCGUUCUACCUUGAGUUCCUCCUCGCCUGGCACCAUCUGCUUGUUGAGGCGGGGUACCGGAACCCGGCGAUCUUCGCCCUCGACUACACUUUGGUCCCGGAUGAUGUUUAUCCCAGGCAACUCAAUGAGGUAACUUGGGGCUACAAGUUGGUCUUGAAGACGGCCGGCGAACCCUCCAAGGUGUGCGUGGCCGGGGACUCCGCAGGCGGAGCGUUGGUCUUGAGCCUCCUGCAGGAACUUGGUGCGCAGGGUGGCAAGAACGAGAACGCUACUGCAGGAACGCCGUCGUCUAAUGGGCGCCUGUCCCAGGAGCUGUCUACGACGUUGCCCCUCCCGCAACUGGCCACGCUCAUUUCACCCUGGGUGACACUCAUGACUCACCUGCACAGUCCGUCACCGACAGACUACCUCGACCGGGAGUCGCUGUGGAAGUAUGCCCAUGAGUACGCGGGGGACGCGAUGAUUCACCAGCACCCCGCGUCCCCAGGGUCGUGCGUGGACCGAGAUGUUUGGAGGGCGGCAAGCCCGGGAGGGGGGUACUACGUCAUCUACGGGGAGGAUGAAGUGUUUGCGCCGAACAUUGAGGACUUUGUCAGGCAGCAAACGAAGAUGGGCAUCGAGAUUGGGAGCCUCAACAUCCCGGCGGGGAUCCACGCAUGGCCGGUGGUGUCCCUGUUCCUAUCAAGCUACACGGAGAGGAGAUUGGCGGGCCUGCAGACGCUUGUUAGAGAGGUGAAGCAGCGGAUGUCGGGCAAGGUAGAGGGGCAGGAUAUGGGGGAGAAGUCAGAUUAG